UCUUUGUUAUUUCUUUUUUAGUCUGUCCUUUCCUCUACUCUAUUUGCUCUCAACACUAAACCACCCUUAACUGCGGACGAAAACCAAAACCAAAGCGCUUUCCGACGUUCCAUGGAAGAAAACAGUAGCGAAAAGCGUCGGACUGGGCUCAAGCGCCACAACCGGCGGUUUCUUGAGCCCGAAGAAACUAAUAGUUCCUUGCAAUUUUUCAAGAUAAUUCUCCCCUCUUCCGUUCGUGAAGAAAAGCUGAAAAUGCCCAGUAAGUUCAUUAGGAUGUUUGGCAAAGAAUUAUCUUCUAGUGUUGUUCUUAUUGUUCCUAAUGGUGGUGUUUGGGAAGUGGGAUUAGAGAAAUUCAAUGGCCAAAUAUGGUUUAAUCAUAGUUGGAACAAGUUUAUUGAUUAUUACUCUAUAGAUUAUGGUUUCUUAUUGAUCUUCAAAUAUGAGGGAAAUUCCAGCUUCCAUGUUCUUAUUUUUGACACAACUACUUUUGAGAUUCAAUAUCCACACCAUGAUGGAAUGAAGCUUGAAAACGCAGUUGAGAAAUCUGACUAUGCUAUCUCAAUCUCUUCCUCUCAUGACUGUUCCGAUCAAUUCAUUGAUGAUAACGACGACGAUAAUGAAUGUCGAUAUGAACUGCAUACUACGAAGAGAUCCAAAAUAAAGUUGGAAAGUUGCGACCACGAGUUCAUGAGCAAAAGGUUUAAAGUUGAGGACUGUAUAGCUGUUGAAGAUAUUGAUGUAGUGAAAAAUCAUCGAAGACGAAAGCUGGCUUCAAAAACUCGGUCGUCGAGAGGACAGGAGAUGGCGAUCUGUGAAGCGAAGAAAAAGAUGAUGAAGACUAACAAUCCUUCAUUCAUGUUGAUCAUAGAGGAGAGAAACAUAAAGAAGAAUUAUGCGUACAUUCCUUCAAGUUUUGGCAAAAAGUAUCUGAGCAGGGAGGAUGAAAUCAUUGAAAUUCAAGGACGUUCGUCGGAGCAGGGAAGAUGGAAAAUAUGGUGCAAAGGUGUGUCGGCGAAGCGAAUGGGAGUAGGAUGGGGUGUGUUUCGCAAGGAAAGCAAUUUGAGAGUUGGAGACGUGGUUGUGUUUGAGCUUGUCAAGAUGAACAAGAACAGAGUGAUGAAAUUCACUGUGUUUUCUUCAGGUUCAAUUUGAAGCAAAACGAUGAAGUGAUUGAAAUUUGAGGUUUUGGGUGUGAUAUAAUUCAAAAUGUAGGGUGUGAUUUUGGGAGCUUAGUUUGGAACCAUUUCAACACAUUUGCUCAUAUUAAUACGUCCUUAGAUGUUAUAUAUUAUUAGCAUUAUAGAAAUUUGUAUUUUGAUGGAACGCUUCAGAUAUAUGAAGGAAGAAGGAAAUUCCUUUUUUAUCCUUGAA